AUGGCACCGCAAAUCAGUCUCAUCGACUUUUCUGGCUUCUACUCGCAAGACCCGGCGGCAAAGCAGAAAAUUGUCGACCAAGUACGGCAGAGCUGCAGUUACAACGGCUUCUUCCAGGUCAUCAACCAUGGCGUGACGGCAGAUCAAUCCCGGACCGCGAUGAACCUGGCCAAGAAGUUCUUUGACCUGCCCCAGGAGAGCAAGGACAAGGUCCGCAAGGAGAACAACACGUGGAACAGGGGCUACGAGAUGAUGCGGUCGCAGAUUCUGGAGGCCGGCACAAACCCAGAGCUCAAGGAGGGCUUCUACAUUGGAGACGAGAUUCCAGAGAGCCACCCUUACUUCGUCCACAAAAAGCUCAACAGCGGGCCGAACCAGUGGCCGCAGGAUAUGCAGGACAUGUCACCGCAGGAGUUCAGCCAGACGGCCAUGGAGUACUACCACGCCGUUCUCAAGCUGGCGUCCGACCUGCUGAAGGUCCUCGCACUGUCUCUAGACCUCGACGAGGACUACUUUGUGCAAUUCAUGGACGGUGCCGUGGCUACCAUGCGCUUGUUGCACUACCCCACGCAGCCAAAGGACGCCGACGACAAGCUCACGAGAGGCAUCGGUGCGCACACAGACUUCGGAGCCAUCACUAUCCUGCUGCAGGAUGAGGUGGAUGGACUUCAGGUCUGGGACGCAAAUUCAGGCGGGUGGAUCGAUGUACGUGCUGGAUGUCGUUCCAACAGAGGUGCCUUUGUCGUGACUCUGGGGAAUCUGAUGCAGCGCUGGACGAACGAGAAGUACAAGAGCAAUAUCCACCGCGUGAUCAACAAGUCUGGACGCGAACGUUACUCCAUCCCGUUCUUCGUGUCUGGCAACCCUGACUACGUUGUGGACUGCAUUCUCACGUGCAAGGCUGCAGAAGAGGAGACCAAGUUCCCGCCAAUCACUGUCGAGCGCGCCGUCAUGGCAGGAUAUGCCGAGUCAUACGGUCGCGCACAAAUGUACAAGCAGGGGCUGGCAGAGGCAGGGCAGGAAGCCCUUUCAGCCAAAUCCGUGCCCGUGGUGACAUCCUCGGCGUGA